ACCAACUACACAAAAUUAAACCCAAUUCCACAAACCCACUAUAUAUUCGACUACGCUCAUGACCACAAUAAAAUGCCCAUAGACAAUCAUGGCUCUAGCCGCCAUUGUUAAUAGUACUCAAGAUCAACUCAAAGAAGAAUACAAAAUUCUGGUACAUAUGGUUGAAGAAGAAGGAGAAGAUGAAGAAGAGGAGUUUUUUGAGAUAGAUUUGGAGAUAGUGAAUAAUAUACCACCGCCUCAUUACUGGGAAAGUUAUUUUACAGCAGCAACAAGUAGUACUCUUCUGGCUAACUGUUUGUUGCCUAUAUCUGAUGCUUCCUGCGCCAUUCCUGCCGUAGCUAAAGCUUCUGGCUACUAUUAAAUAGUAGUAGCUUUUAUUAAUUACCCAAAUUGUAGCUCUUUCUUUCGCUGAA